AGCGGCCGCCGCCGCCGCCGCUGCCCUGCCCCGCCCUGGCGUUGUCGUAGGCGCUGGAGUGGACGGUGUGCGGCUCCUGCAUGGGCUGCAAGGGGAACGCGAGCAGAGUGCGAGCCGCGGCUGUGCGGCCGGUGACAGGGCUUUGCUGUCAAAUGGGGCUUCUAAUUGCACUCAGUGUGCUGUGGCUGUUCUCCUCAGUAAAAGCAGAUUCAAAAGCCGUUACAACCUCUCUCACAACAAAGUGGUUUUCCUCCCCACUGUUGUUAGAAGUCAGUGAGUUUUUAGCAGAAGACAGUCAAGAGAAAUUUUGGAAUUUUGUAGAAGCCAGUCAAAAUAUUGGAUCAUCAGAUCAUCACGGUACUAAUUAUUCCUAUUAUCAUGCAAUAUUGGAAGCAGCAUUUCCGUUUCUAUCACCUUUACAGCAGAAUUUGUUGAAAUUUUGUCUCUCUCUUCGUUCGUACUCUGCUACAAUUCAAGCCUUCCAGCAGAUAGCAGCUGAUGAACCUCCACCAGAAGGAUGUAAUUCGUUUUUCUCAGUACAUGGAGAGAAGACUUGUGAUUUUGAUGUCCUGGAGACUCUUCUACUAACAGCAUCUAGAAGACCCAAACCUUUAUUGUUCAAAGGAGAUCAUAGAUAUCCCUCAUCUAAUCCUGAAAGCCCAGUGGUGAUUUUCUACUCUGAGCUUGGCCUUCAAGAAUUUUCUAGUUUUCACCACCAACUUGUAUCAAAAAGCAAUGCAGGCAAAAUCAACUAUGUAUUCAGACACUAUGUAUCUAAUUCCAGGAAGGAACCAGUUUACCUCUCUGGCUACGGUGUGGAAUUGGCCAUUAAGAGCACUGAGUACAAGGCUAAGGACGAUACUCAGGUGAAAGGAACUGAGGUAAAUACUACAGUCAUUGGUGAAAAUGAUCCCAUUGAUGAAGUUCAAGGAUUCCUCUUUGGAAGGUUAAGAGACCUGUACCCUGACCUGACUGGACAGUUGAAAGAACUCAGAAAGCAUCUUGUAGAGAGCACCAAUGAAAUGGCACCUUUGAAAGUUUGGCAGUUACAAGAUCUCAGUUUCCAGACUGCUGCCCGAAUACUGGCCGCGCCUGCUGAGCUAGCUUUGGUGGUCAUGAAGGAUCUUAGUCAGAAUUUCCCCACCAAAGCCAGAGCAAUAACGAAAACAGCUGUGAAUUCAGAACUUAGAACUGAAGUGGAAGAGAAUCAGAAGUAUUUCAAGGCAACUUUAGGAUUACAGCCUGGAGAUUCAGCUCUUUUCAUCAAUGGACUUCAUAUUGAUUUAGAUACACAGGAUAUAUUCAGCCUGUUUGAUGUAUUGCGGAAUGAAGCCCGGGUCAUGGAGGGUCUUCAUAGACUGGGCAUAGAAGGCCUUUCUCUGCAUAAUGUUUUGAAACUGAACAUCCAACCCUCCGAGGCUGACUAUGCCGUUGACAUCAGGAGUCCAGCUAUUUCAUGGGUCAACAACCUGGAAGUUGAUAGCAGAUACAACUCGUGGCCUUCCAGUCUGCAAGAGCUGCUUCGCCCUACCUUCCCUGGUGUCAUCAGGCAGAUCAGAAAGAACUUGCACAACAUGGUGUUCAUAGUUGAUCCUGCACAUGAACACACAGCAGAGUUGAUUACCACAGCUGAGAUGUUCCUCAGUAAUCAUAUACCUCUAAGAAUUGGUUUCAUCUUUGUGGUUAAUGACUCUGAAGAUGUUGAUGGGAUGCAGGAUGCUGGAGUGGCUGUUCUCAGAGCAUAUAACUAUGUGGCCCAUGAAGUAGAUGAGUAUCAUGCCUUCCAAACUCUAACACAUGUCUAUAACAAGGUGAGGACUGGAGAAAAAGUAAAAGUUGAACAUGUGGUCAGCAUCCUGGAGAAGAAAUAUCCCUAUGUAGAAGUGAAUAGCAUUUUGGGGAUUGAUUCUGCUUACGAUCAGAAUCGAAAGGAAGCAAGAGGUUACUAUGAGCAAACUGGCAUUGGUCCACUGCCUGUCGUUCUGUUCAAUGGAAUGCCCUUUGAAAAGGAACAGCUAGAUCCUGACGAGUUGGAAACCAUCACAAUGCACAAAAUCUUGGAGACGACUACCUUCUUCCAAAGAGCAGUAUACUUGGGUGAACUAUCUCAUGAUCAAGAUGUGGUAGAGUAUAUCAUGAGUCAGCCAAAUGUUGUUCCACGAAUCAAUUCUAGGGUUUUGACAGCUGAGCGAGAGUACCUGGAUUUAACAGCAAAUAAUAACUUAUUUGUAGAUGAUUAUGCUAGAUUUUCUGUAUUGGAUUCCCAAGGCAAGACUGCUGCUAUAGCUAAUAGUAUGAACUAUCUGACAAAGAAAGGAAUGUCCUCCAAGGAAAUCUAUGAUGAUUCUUUUAUUAGGCCAGUAACCUUUUGGAUUGUUGGGGACUUUGAUAGUGCUUCUGGACGGCAGUUAUUGUACGAUGCUAUUAAACAUCAAAAAUCUAGUAACAAUAUUAGGAUCAGCAUGAUCAAUAACCCCAGUAAAGAAAUAAGUUAUGAAAACACUCAGAUCUCUAGAGCAAUCUGGGCAGCUCUUCAAACGCAGACCUCCAACUCCGCCAAGAACUUUAUCACCAAGAUGGUUAAAGAGGACACUGCAGAGGCACUGGCCAUGGGGGCGGAUAUCAGGGAGUUCUCUGUUGGGGGCAUGGAUUUCAGUCUUUUUAAAGAGGUGUUUGAGUCUUCCAAAAUGGAUUUCAUUUUGUCUCAUGCCGUGUACUGCAGGGAUGUCCUGAAGCUGAACAAGGGACAGAGGGCGGUGAUCAGCAACGGAAGGAUUAUUGGGCCACUGGAGGAUAGUGAGCUUUUUAAUCAAGACGAUUUCCAUCUCCUAGAAAAUAUUAUCUUGAAAACUUCAGGACAGAAAAUAAAAUCUCAUAUUCAGCAGCUUCGGGUAGAAGAAGACGUAGCCAGUGACUUGGUAAUGAAGGUCGAUGCUCUCCUGUCAGCUCAACCCAAAGGAGAUGCAAGAAUUGAGUACCAGUUUUUUGAAGACAGACACAGUGCAAUUAAACUGAGGCCAAAGGAAGGGGAGACCUAUUUUGACAUUGUGGCUGUUGUUGACCCUGUCACCAGAGAAGCACAAAGGCUUGCCCCACUGCUGUUGGUUUUGACUCAGCUGAUAAAUAUGAAUCUAAGGGUGUUUAUGAAUUGCCAAUCUAAACUUUCAGACAUGCCUUUAAAAAGCUUUUACCGUUACGUUUUAGAACCAGAGAUUUCUUUCACAUCAGACAAUGACUUUGCUAAGGGUCCAAUAGCAAAGUUUCUAGAUAUGCCACAGUCUCCAUUGUUCACCUUGAAUCUGAAUACACCUGAGAGUUGGAUGGUAGAAUCUGUCAGAACACCAUAUGAUCUUGAUAAUAUUUAUUUAGAAGAGGUGGACAGUGUAGUGGCUGCUGAGUAUGAGCUGGAGUACCUGUUACUUGAAGGGCAUUGCUAUGACAUCACCACAGGCCAACCGCCAAGGGGACUGCAGUUUACCCUAGGAACUUCAGCCAAUCCCGUCAUUGUGGACACCAUUGUUAUGGCCAAUCUGGGCUACUUUCAGCUAAAAGCCAAUCCAGGAGCUUGGAUUCUGAGACUUAGGAAAGGACGCUCUGAAGAUAUUUACAGAAUCUACAGCCACGAUGGUACAGAUUCUCCUCCUGAGGCUGAUGAGGUGGUUGUCAUCCUUAACAACUUCAAAAGCAAAAUUAUUAAAGUGAAGGUGCAGAAGAAGGCAGACAUGGUAAAUGAAGACUUGCUGAGUGAUGGAACAAAUGAGAACGAAUCUGGAUUUUGGGACUCAUUCAAAUGGGGCUUUUCAGGAGGACAGAAGACUGAGGAAGUGAAACAAGAUAAAGAUGACAUAAUUAAUAUCUUCUCCGUCGCAUCUGGACAUCUCUAUGAAAGAUUUCUUCGUAUAAUGAUGUUGUCAGUGCUGAAGAAUACCAAGACUCCUGUGAAAUUCUGGUUCUUGAAGAAUUAUUUGUCCCCCACAUUUAAGGAGUUUAUACCUUAUAUGGCAAAUGAAUACAGUUUCCAGUAUGAGCUCGUUCAGUAUAAAUGGCCCCGAUGGCUUCAUCAACAGACUGAGAAACAGCGCAUCAUCUGGGGCUAUAAGAUCCUUUUCCUGGAUGUGCUUUUCCCACUAGUUGUUGACAAAUUCCUGUUUGUGGAUGCUGAUCAGAUUGUACGAACAGAUCUGAAAGAGUUAAGGGAUUUCAAUUUGGAUGGUGCUCCUUAUGGUUACACUCCGUUCUGUGAUAGCCGAAGAGAAAUGGAUGGCUACAGGUUCUGGAAGUCAGGAUACUGGGCGAGUCAUUUAGCUGGGAGGAAGUACCAUAUCAGUGCAUUGUACGUUGUGGAUCUGAAGAAGUUUAGGAAAAUAGCUGCUGGAGACAGACUCAGGGGACAGUACCAAGGUCUGAGUCAGGAUCCCAACAGCCUUUCAAAUCUGGAUCAAGAUCUGCCCAAUAACAUGAUCCAUCAGGUACCAAUCAAGUCACUCCCUCAAGAAUGGCUUUGGUGUGAGACGUGGUGUGAUGAUGCCUCUAAGAAAAGAGCCAAGACCAUUGAUCUGUGUAAUAAUCCAAUGACCAAAGAGCCUAAGCUGGAGGCUGCUGUGCGAAUUGUCCCAGAGUGGCAGGACUACGAUCAAGAGAUCAAACAACUACAGAUCCGUUUUCAGAAGGAGAAAGAAAUGGGAAUGCAGCAUGAGAAGAAGACAGAAAAGCUGAGCCAGGAAGCAUCUCAGGCACGAGAGGAAUUAUGAUCUCUGGAAGAAGAUUAAAAAACGGCACAUUUGAGAACAGUUUUUAUACUAAAUGCUAGUUUUUCUGAUCUGUCUAUACAACUGCUGAUAAACUCACUGGACAGGUAUGCUGGCGGUCUCCACACCGAGCAUCUGAUUUCAGCUUCUGCACACCAGUGGGUGCUGGAUCCUCAGGGCCAGGGCUCCACUGGAUUUGUACCUCAGAAGAAGACAAGAGACUGACCUUUAGGGAUUCUGAAAAGAGCAGUCUUGUCACCAGAGGAAGAAAUGGUGGCGGCAGGAAGAUGAGGCCUUGGGAGCCCACAUCCAAGAGCACACACAUGCUGCAUUGUCCUAGGAAGGAAGCUAGUAGAGCUGCCAUGUUCUUCCUUACCUCAGUUUACCUGAUGCUCAGGCCGUACCUCAGAUGUCUACCCAGUGUGGGUCAGGCCGGCAGAAGCUUUGUCUGAGGUCCACACACCUGGAAAUUUAUGCCAACACAUCCCCUACCUCCUCAUGUCUCUUCCCAAGUGCGAGAUUCAUUGUUUAAACCAAACCAGCAGUUGUAUAUCUUCAGGGUUAGCUCACCACAGUCGCUAAGCAGAUUAAUUUGGGGGCAGAUGGGAAUGGUUGGUUUUGGUGUGGGUGGGGAAGAUAGACAUAGGAGGACUCUGAGGUGCUGGGGAAGGAAGAUUAGAAUGUGCUGGUUUUCUUUUAUAUUCCUUCAUUACCAUUAUGGCUAAUUUAAAGUGAAAACCAUAUUAUCCACCCAUCCUGGUGAGCUUUCUUUCUUAGGUAAUUGUUUUGUAGACAGUUUUUGUGAUUUUUCUUUCCACUUUAUUUUUUUAAAAAAAAAGAUGGCUGUCAGUCAUUCCCCAACUGGACAGAACCAUAUGAAACCCCCAGUGAUACAUCUCAGAAGGCUUGGGCUCCCUCCAGGUGUCACCUCACCGUUUGCCCUUUCCUCUGUACUGUUUUCUCUCAGACUCAGAGAUAGAUGGCCUGAUUUUUCUCAACACAGUGUUCCCAGCUUGAAGGCCAGGAAGGAUUCUCACUGUGGACUCACACCAUUCUGUACAGUGGCUUCGUUCCUUUUGUUUCAGCUCUGUGAUGGCCUUUUGCUUGCAGAAAUCAGUAGAGUUCACAUCAGUUCUGUCAUGUCGUAGUUGCACUGCCAGCCCCUAGCACUAGAUUGCACCUUUCCUUCCUUAGCCCAGCACUGGUCCUGUGGGAGGAGGCUUGGAUAAUGAGUGGGGGAGGACCCAUGGGCAUGUCAUUGACCUAUCAGGCUGCAGGUUCAGCAGGGCAAGCACUGCACCUGCCUUCCUUUCGCCUGGACUUGUUCUUCCAAUGGUCUGGUUUUUAAAAACUGAAAGGUGGUGGAGAGCUCAGUAAAAUAGUGCUUGCUAGCAUAAGAAGGCCUUAGGUUUUAUCUCUACUUCCACAUAAAACAGAAAAAUUGGAGGAGUUGGUGGGAGUGGAUAGGUAAUUUCUUACUCUUCUAAGCCAUUGAUGUGUGCGGUGUUUUUAAAACCACCAUCCUACUCUAGAUGUCUGUAAUUUAUUUUUCCAUUUUCAAAUGCAAAAGUUAGCUUAGGAACCUCACAGUCUAAAGGAGUUUUUUGUUGUUGUUUUGUGGUGGUUUGGUUUUGGCUCUUGGUUGUCCAGCCAGGGUCUUCCUACGUAGCCUGAAGCUGACCUCAGCCUCGAGGCCUCCCAAGUGCGGGAGUUACAAGCAUGUGCCACCACGUCUGGCUCAGAAGGACCAUGGCAUGUUUUCUUCCUACCCGACCCUAAUCUGAGUCAAAUAACUGAAGAGUUAAGAUCGUGACAUCAAGAAGCUUGUUGAGACUUCAUCUUGACAUUUAAUUGAGCUUUCAGAGAGGCUGUCUCAGCUGCUGUGCACAGCUAAAGUCAGCAGUGUACAGUUCCGGUGCACUGUGGGAGGUGAUCGGGAAGUACCCCAGUUAAAGUGGGAUAUACUUGCAAAUGCUGAUUCCAGUAGCCAGCUUUCCUCUGUCUUUCUGCCAACCCUCAUGAGUAUUCUACAUAUAAGGAAAGUUCAUAGCAAAAUAUACAUAUUCGCUCUGGGGUAUGUCCUAGUGUCACUCAUGGUCUGUGUCUGUCACCUCCCUGACAUAAGCCUUAUUGGUAGUUGACAGUGAAUAAUGAAAGCUUGUUUCUGAGGAGGUCCAGGCCCCUACUCCUGCCAGUCUUUUUCUCUGUUUUGUGUGGCAUAAUUCCCUUUCCAAAUUAACUAGUGCCCAGGAAAUGAGUUACCAUUCCAGUGUGGUCCUAGUCACUCUGCUGAGUCUGCUUUGAGAAUGUACACUAUGGUGGAAACAGGUAAUAGAUUACUUUCCCCAGAAGCAAGAACCCAUAGAUCUGAAAGUUCAAGCUUCUGGAAGCUAUCAGUACAUUGUUCUUAACCAACAUUUGUGUGUAAUGGGUUUUUGUUUUUUUCUGUCAUCAUACCAUAGUGGGAAAUUUCCUUUCUGGGUCAGCAAAGUGAUACAAAGUCAGAACAUACAGUUCUGUGUUUGAGAUCAGAACCCAUCCAGCCUGCCUCUGGGGGAUGCCGUGGUCAGGGUCUCCCUGCACUGCUGCAUCGCCGCUGCCCCCCCCACCCCCUCCCCCGCCGCCCUUUAGUUAAAGUGUACUGAGUACUUAACACAUUGAGAGUGAGAGCGUAUUGAUUUUCUGUAAGGUUGGUGAGAUGAAGAAUCUGUCAAAAGAUACAUUUCAAAUGGAGCACUCAGAGGUUGUAUAUAGUGCACAGGCCUCAGCAGCCUAGGCGUCAGCUGAGUUCAACUCUUGGGAGAAUGUAGAUGACAUAUAAGGUAUAUUAAGACAGUUUCUGUAAAAGGAGCUUAAUUAUCUCUGCUUUUCCUCCAUCUUCAUGUUCUGAACCUUUCUAAGGCUCUGCCUGAACAAACAACUUUUCUGGAGGGCUUUGAGCUAGAGAGGGGAAUGCAGUGUUUAAAAGAGACUAGCCCAGGUGACAGGAGUGGAGGGGAUUGUAAGUUUCCUUGGUUGGGAAGUAUACUUUACUGACACCUUAAUGUGUGGCAGGUCAGAUACCACUCACACAACAGAAAAGUGACUCCUCACUUCCUCCACAAGUACCCUUAGAUCCGUGAAAGCAGUCGUUUUUUAAAACUUGCCAUUCCAAAUUUAACCUGAACAAGUAAGAGAAAUAAUUCAAGAGUUACUAGGGAACUCCCACCCAUUUUUCCUGGAUAGAAUUUCAUUGAGAUGGAAACUGGUAACAGAAGUGGAAGGUGAAUAAAAAUUGGAGGGUGAAUUAUGUACAGAGUUAUUUAAAUAUGAAUAACAUUGUAUGAUUUUAAUAAUUAGCUUAAGUACUUGAUAUUAUAGGAGCAUUCUCUGGCAAUGAUCAGAUGCUUAGUUUGGUAGAGUAACAGUAUUUAAAUUCCGGUUUUCUCUGCCUUAAUGUAGUGAAGGAAGGAUCAUAAUCAGGACUUUGUUCGUCAUCUGGUUGAGUUCAUGAUCAGGUCAGGUCACAGCUGAGAUUUCAGAGGAUGUGGUGGGUGCCCCUUUCUCAUUAUUCGCUGUUUUAUUUCUCUGUGAAUCAGAAACAGUGCUUCUGAACUGUACGGCACAGCGAGUCAUGCAGAGGAUUUCGCUCUCUCUGGUGUCUUUGGGUGCUGACAGUUUGCAGAAAUAAACCAGAAUCAGCUGUGAGAAGCUGCUCCUGAGAAGCAGUCAGUAAAGUGCAGCCCACCCCCCCACCCCCAGCUUUCCCAGCUCCCCAGUGCUGCAGAGCACCUGUGGACGGGUGAGUGGGUCACGUGGGGCAGAGCCAGGCCUUCCUCUGCCUGUGCUUGGCAUUGCCUUACUGUCACUAUUUGGAGUUGCAGAGGAACUCUAGCAACAACCAAAAGCAAAACACAUUAGCCUAAUAUUGAUGACUUGGAGCAAAGGGUUAUCCAGCACUGUACCAUAUUUUCCAGUCAGUUAACACAGAGAUAAGGAAAACAAAGGAAAAUGAAGACAAAGCGUAGGACUGUCAAAGAAAUUAUGUAGUUUUAACAGUCUUCAUUGACUUUACUGUAAUUCCGUCCCCUUACAUGCAGCAAUGUAAUGUGUUCGGGUGCUGCCCUGUGCUCGGGAACAGCAUUGAGGUUUUCAAUGUCUACAGGAUCUGUGUAUCAAAGGGAAUUGAGAAAGAAUUUCUAGUACUGUAAUGAAAAUAAGGUCUGCUCAACACAAUAAACUUUUUCCUCUUUUCUUUAAA